AUGGUAACAACGACCUCCAUGGCGACUCGCAGCUCGCUCGAGCUCAUGCUCGAUAAACUGCAGCAGCUGGAGGAGCAGCCGCCCGACACUCUGCCGCCGCUCCCCGCUAGGGCCCGGAGAGCCCGGCCGCCGCGGCCGCCGGGCAGGCAUUCGCAAAGAAAUGGAAUUGCAGCUGCGUCUCACCAUUUUCUGGAAAAGAAGCUAGAAUUUGGGGAAUUGAAAGAAGGAGCAGAGAGAGGAGUGUGCAAGAUCCAGAAAUGCUACCGCGGUUACCGUGUUCGUUGCUGCUAUUGGGAGCUGAAAAGGGGAGUGAUCGCCCUGCAAUCGUUUAUUCGAGGCCAAAACGCUAGAAGGGGAUACGAACAAAGAUGCAGAAUUCUUAGUGCUAUUAUCACAAUACAGAAACAAGGCAGAAAGUAUCUCGAGCUUCGCUCUGCCAGUCUGAAUCCGAAUCAAAUGAAACGGCGGCAGCUAGAAGCGGAGAAAACCAAGGAUCAAACUCGAAUUCCGCACACAUCUCUGGUUGAUCUUCAGAAGCGAGUAGUGAGAACAGAGGCCAAGCUCAGGGCGAAGAAUGAGGAAAACGCCGCGUUGAAGAGGAGACUGUUGGAAAUUGAGAAGAAAUGGCAGCAGCGCGAGGAGAGGAUGGCGUCAAUGGAGAAGGAGUGGCAAGAUCAAUUAACAUACAUACAAGAAUGCUUAGCUGCCACAGCUAAGAAGAAUCAAUCGCCUCAAAUCCGAUUUUCCAAUCGAUUCCAAAAUCCAGAAAACGGAAGGGGUUUGCAUAUUCCGAUGAAAUCCAAUAAUAAUGAGGUGGAUGAAGACGAUGAAGUUGGAGAGGAGCGAGUGUGCCUCAAAGUCCGCCCUCGCGAGGAGCUUCAGAAACUGAGUGUAAGAUUUAAGGAAUGGAAGAAAGAGUACAAGAAUAAGCUAAGGAAUGCACAAUCAACCUUCAAGAAGACUUCAAAGAGCCACAAGAAUUGGUGGGGAAGAUUAUCCAACUAAUUAACUCGAUCAUCAUUUAAAUGUGCCAACAAGUCUCCCUAUUCUUUCUCCCACUCCUCUAUGCUUGCACAAUUGUAAACAUGUUGAAUACCAAACAUUAUUUGAAAUAGAAGAUCUCUUCUAGUUU